AUUACAAUCGCCGAUGCCCUUUUUGGAUCCAAUCCAGCUAUUAAUCCUGAUGUUCUCACCAAGGCCUUCAUGUUAGAGCCGAAUGUUGUCAAGUACCUCCAGUCACGUUUUUGAAGCAAAAACGUUUAUCAUUGGAAGACUUGAACUAGCUAUGUUUUAUGUUUUAAUAGUUGAUUGUGUGGAUUGUCUUUGAGUGCUAUACCUCUAUUAAUUCUAUCAUUGUAUUCAAAUAAUACUCAUUACCAUGUAAUAAAGAGCUUUCUAAAAUUUCCUAAUGCCCAUGAAGUGAAAAAUAUUUUAGAAUGAAAAAAGGGAAAAUAAAACUAAGGCAUGGCAGAAGUUGGGUUUGAAUGGAAGAGGAGUGGCAAUGUAGUCACCACGGGAGUGCCAGAUGAAACAAAGAAAAGAAGUGGAUGGAUGAAGUACCUCCUGGAUAGGCCACCCUCCUCUAUAUCUGAAUACUUGACGGUUCCAUCCCUCCCCUGGCUAGCUAUGCGGAUGAUGUUAAGGAAAGUGCUACAUAAUACACGAUUGGAAGAGGACUCAGGUGAGGAUGAUGAAAUAAACUCUUUCUGGUAUGGAUUAGCUAGUGAUUCUGAGAUAAUUAAAGAAAGAACAAGCCGAGAUGCAAGGAAGAAACAGAGAAAGAAGAAGAAGAGUAAGAGGAUUAGAUCGUGCCAAGCGGUGUACAAGGAUUCCAAUCCAGCAAUGACUGUUGGGGUCCAGAAGAUGGGUCGUAGAUGGUCAAGUUUAUUAAAGGAAUUGAGAGAAAAAGUCCCUGAAUUCUACCCAAAGGACACCAACUCUGUAGCGGGGGCAUCAAUUACAGAUAGUGCUAUUGAAAACUGCAACAGAGGGUUUCAUAAUAAGGAUAGAGUCACUUCAGCUCUAGAUGCAUGGAAUCUCAUCAAGGAUAUGGGUUUGGCUGCUGAUGGGAAUGAAGAUGAAAUCAUCAAGAAGAUUGAGUUGAUGGAGCAGAGGGACAUUAAUGCUAAAAAACAAGCACUGGAAAGCAAUACGGUGAACGAUGGUGAGGAAAAAGUGCAGUUUCUAGCUUUGCGAGAGUCAAAAUUAGAACAAGUUAGUCGUCAAACUUAUAAAGCUUUAUGGGGUACAGAUGAUUUUGAAUUUGUAGCUAGGCCUUCUGUAGGUCAUUCGGGUGGAUUGAUUGGUGUUUGGGAUAACAAUAUUUUCCAGCUGAAUAGAAUUUUUAGCGGAGAACACUACUUGGGAAGGAGGCAGUUGUGGACUGAGCUAAAAACUCUAAUUACAAGUAUGAAGGGUAACUGGUGUGUGAUGGGAGAUUUUAACACCACAAAGAAUAAUCAGGAAAGAAUUGGAUGCACUAGUGUGUCAAGAAGCAUGUGGGAUUUUGCAAACUUCAUUCAUGAAUCUAGGUUGGUGGAUAUCCCUUUAAUUGGAAGAAAGUACACAUGGUACCACUCAAGCAGCAACUCUAUGAGUCGAUUAGAUCGAUUCCUGAUGACAGAGGAAUGGUUAACAAACUGGAGUGAAACAAGGCAGUGGGAUUUGAGGAGAUCACUCUCUGAUCAUUGUCCAUUGUUGUUGAGAGAUUCAAAGAUUAAUUGGGGCCAUAAGCCCUUUAAAUGCUUCAAUAGCUGGAUUGACAAGCCAGGCUUCCAUGAAAUGGUAAUAGAUACAUGGAGAACAACUAAUGUUCAAGGAUGGAAAGGCUACUGUCUUAAGGAGAAAAUCAAGCUUGUAAAGAAAAGGCUUAAGGAAUGGAGCCAGAAUGAUCGUAUGAGGCUGGAUCAGAGCAUUGCUGAAAGCAAAGAUAAAAUUGAAGCACUUGAUUUAAAAUGUGAACAAGGGACUCUUUCAAGGUAGGAAGCAAGUGACAGGAAAAUUGAAUUUUACAAUCUUUGGAGUAACUUGAAGACCAGGGAAGGGCAAUGGAGACAGAAAGCUAGGAAACAAUGGUUGAGAGAAGGAGACGCAAAUUCCAAAUUCUACCACAAAUGUAUUAGCAGCAGACAACACAGGAAAGAGAUUGUCAAUAUCCAGGUAAAUGGGAAGAAGUUAGAAGAUGUUGAUAAUAUCAAAAAUAGCAUAUCAAAGUACUUUG